AUGAUUCAACAAAUCGUGGAUGAGACCAACAAAUAUGCAACAAAAAAGCAGCUGGAGAAACCUGAUGACAAAUGGAGGAACGUUACCUUUAGUGAAAUAAGAGCUUAUCUUGGAUUUCAGAUUGUGAUGGGGAUUAUUGCUGCACAUUAUUUUGAUAUGUACUGGUAUAGUGAUCCUAUGUUUAGUCCAUAUGGAAUAAAAGAGAGGAUGACACGCGAUCGGAACGAUAAAAUCAGUAAGUACUUCCACGUAGCUGACACAUCAUGCAGUACUGCACGCGGACAACCAGGCCAUGACAAACUUUCACAUGUUCGACCGAUUCUUGAAGCCGUGCGUGCAAAAUUGAUGGCCAAUUAUAAACCGCACCGUGAAACGACAGUUGAUGAGGCUAUGAUUGGAUAUACCGGUCACUUAAGAUUCAAACAAUACAUGCCACUGAAGCCGACUAAACGUAGGAUCAAAGUGUGGGUAAGGGCAGACCCUCACAAUGGAUAUGUGACUGACAUUCAAGUGUAUUUAGGUAAGGAGAACCGUGACGGAGCAAGGGUUUUGGGGAACGAGUUAUGA